AUGAAACAUUGGCGUAUUUGUAAUUCUGGUAUAACAAUUGCAGCUCUCGCUAUUAGAGAUACUGAUAAGAACUUAUCAGAUUAUUUAAUAAAUAGAUCUGUUCAAAGUAUCAAGAAUUCAUUAAUAGAAUACUCACCAGAUGGUAACUAUCCAGAAGGAUACUCUUACUGGUCAUACGGAACAACUUAUGCCGGUUUAAUGUUUGCAGCUUUACACAGUGUAUUUAAUCAUACAUUUGGAUUAGCUGAAUGGCCAGGAUUUGCAAAAUCAGGGAAAUAUAUACAAUAUAUGGUCGGAACAAGUAAUUUAAAUUUUAAUUAUUACGAUUCAGGGCCAAAAGGUGUUCUUCAACCGAUUUUAUAUUGGUUUGCAUACUAUUAUAAUGAUCCUUCUUUAGUAUUCUAUAACAAUUACAUAUUAGAAGUCCUUAAAACAGGAAUUGCACAUUAUUAUUUGCCAAUAGUUUUAGUUUUUGGAUCAAGAUUCAGAAAAGAAGAAGCUAUAGCCCCAUCCAAUAAAAUGUAUUAUGGCAAAGGCAUUACUCCUGUGAUUUUAGUUCGUACAUCUUGGGAAUUAGGAAAAGGACUUUCAUUCGGCUUCAAAGGUGGAAAACCAUGGAGUCCUCAUGCUCACAUGGACCAAGGAACAUUUGUAUUUGACUCAGAUGGUGUAAGAUGGGCAUCAGACCUUGGAACAUUGGAUUAUAUUGAUCUUUCAAAUAAAGGAAUUGAUUAUUGGGACUAUUCUCAAGAAGGACAAAGAUGGGUUGUAUACAAAUCUACUGUUACACCUCAUAAUACACUAACUAUUGAAGGUGAGAAGUUCAAUGUAACAGCAUAUUCAGGAAUUACAAAGAUUUAUAAUUCAUCUGACAAUUAUUUAGGCGGACAAAACUGA